CCAUGCGUUGAUUUCAAAGAAAUGAGACUGUGACCAAAACAAGCAUUCCGAAAAGAAAAGAAAUUCGUUCCGAAAAAGUGCACAAAACAAGAGGAAAAUAGAGAGCAAGCCGCAACCGACACACAACACACGACAAACAACAACAAGAAAAGCGACCUUCAAAAAUGAAUGAUAUUGCGAAGACUCAAGAUGAUAGUACACUAUACAUGCCUUCCAUGUACGACAGUGAGGAAGAAGAAGAUGCAAGAGAUGAAAAUACUUGUUCCGAGAUCCAGCGUAGUGAACCAAGGCGUCGACAUUCUCGAUAUUCAUUGAUGAGAUGCCUUGCGUGGAGCGAAGCAGAAGAUGACAUAGAAGAGAAGAAAUCGUCUAAUGGCAAGGAAGAUCAAGUGGAUGAAGAUCAACAAAUGUUUGUGAUACAGAAUAAUUCUGUGGGAUGCAUCAGCUUCAAUUCUGUUCAUUCGGCUCACAUUGAUUCAAUUCAUCGUCCUUCUGGUAAUGAAAUUAGACCUGUUCACUGGAUACAAAGAGUUUCAAGUGACAACAAAAUCGAUUCAUAUCUAUCGGGAAAGAAAGAAAAUGAUGCCUUUUCAAAGUGCUAGUACGAUCAUUGACUUGAUUUCGGUUUGUCAUCGACAUUCGGAAUUACAGCAAUCGACGAACAAAGACGAACAAAGGAAGAAUAAUAAUUUUGCAGACACAUCGAGGCUUUUUGGUGAUUGUGAAACUUCGAAACAUAACAUGGAACACUGUCUCUGCUGAUGGGGAGUUCUCUUCUAUCGAUUGGUUUGAAACAACGAAGCGUGCUUUUACUCUUUUCAAGCUCUUCUUCGUAACUGGGUAGCUACAAAUGUAAAAUAUAAUAUUUACUGUAAAGUAUGUAUUCAAUAGAACAUCCAAAAUAUU